CGUUUUGUGACGAACAUGGCGUCGACCCUGCUUCCGUCAGCUGCUACAGCGUCUGCGAUGGCUUGCAGGCUGGCGGGGUCGCAACUUUUUGGCGCCUUCACGCGCGUUCACCCGCAUCGCAGUGCGCCGUUGGCACUGUUGCGAUCGUUCUGCGUGUCCGCCUACAGCAAUGGCGUCGGAAAGCACACGGGAACGCACGAGAUCAUUCUCACGAAGCAGCGCGCCCAGGACUUGAUCGUGAGGCUCAAGCCCGAAGAGAGGAAGAUUCUCAUGGAAGAACUGACGAUUCACGUUGAGAAAACCGAGCAGAAUGGGAAAGGGACGAUGCCCACAGCUGCCCAGCUGAGAAUGAUAGCCAUUCACAAUGCCCUGCCAUUUGUGGGAUUUGGGUUCCUUGACAACUUCAUCAUGAUUGUAGCGGGUGACUACAUUGACACCACCAUUGGCAUUGGACUGGGCAUUUCUACAAUGGCAGCUGCCGGCCUGGGGAAUGCCAUAUCAGAUGCUGCUGGAAUCGGGUCUGCCUGGUACGUGGAGAAACUAGCAGUCAAGGUUGGUGUCCAGGCUCCGAGCCUGAGCCCUGCUCAGCUGGAAUUGGCUGCCACCCGAUGGAGUGCCAACAUUGGAAGAGCUGUUGGUGUCUUCCUGGGCUGCAUUCUGGGCAUGUUCCCACUGUUGUUUCUCUCGUCGAAAGAGGACAUGAGGCAGAGAUCAGAAGGUCGCCAGUCGCAAGACAAGAAGUCUACCAGUUGAGCUUGCCUGCCAUCUGUCACCUUCUGCCGAACCUCCCGCCAAAGAAUGUUGACUUCCUGAGCGCUGCCUAAUCUGUCCGGCCUGUACGUCCAGCCUUCCUUCAACUGGGAAGCAUAUCGACUAUUACGCACCUCUCUGCCUUUCUUCUUGGCUGCUGGUGCCUUGUGGGCGGUGGGAGACCACUGACUGCGAGGCAUGCCGUAACUGACACUGUCUAUGAACUCUCUAUGUUUAAUGACGUCUUGUGAUCUCUGUGACCAGCCGUCUUGAUUGUGCACAUGUUUUAUGCACCCACAAGUGCAGUGACGUUGGUAACCUGUCAACAGCCAGCCUUGUCUCCGAGCUGCUGUCGUGUCUUUGGCAAGCGCAGGUCAGUUCAAGCUAGCUCUUGCAGGUCUCGUUGGCGUAACGCUCCCGGCCGAGCUGUUUUUUCCGCGAGUUAUUCAGAACGAUGAUGGUUAAUCUUACCCGCAAAACAGGCGUGCCUGUUGCUUGGCCGGGUGUGCGUUAGUUCCAUUGUGGUAGCCGCUUGCAUGGGAAUGACGGGUUGUCGUGCAUGCUGCGCAAAUUGUAAUGCGGUGAUAUUUGAACUGAAGGCUUUGAGCUGGUCUGUCAUCUUGUGUGUUGUUGAACACUGAACAUUAACAUUUUCCACCAUUGCAUGUACUUAAAACAUGAAUGCCUCUUGCAGACUGCCUAUCAUACUGAACUCUUGCAUGACUACAUCUGUGCUCCACAAGAGAUGUUUUGUCUCUCCAGAUUAGGUUGUGGCACUGUUAGCUUACCUAUAGCAUAAUCAAAACUAGGCACCGACAUAGAACAGCUUAGUAGAGGUAGCAGGAAAAGGUAUGAGUUCAUGAAACACCAGUUGCUAUUGUCUAUAUUUUGCAUAUUUCUUCAUUCUCUGAGGGCCACUGGGCAGUCAACCGUUAGGCCGCUGGUGUUGCAUUCGGUACAAUGAGUGCGGAAUUGUAAUGCCAUGGAAUCCAAAGCUGUGCAACAUCUAGAAGUAACCAUCAGUUUAGGUAAUAUAUAGUGUAAUGUUGAGCAUGUUCUCUUAGCUUAUGUGACCAACUAGAUAUAGGUGUUAGCUCUGGUGCACUUUUCACUGUAAUGUUUACCAUUCGUGUUCACCUGUUCUAACCAUAUUUUAGGUUUCUUUGUGGCUUGCAUGUAGAAGGCCACUGAUUGAUUGGCCCAUGUAUCCUAGUGGUAAUAACUGCACUAGUCCUUUACGUAUUUUUUACCCUGUAAGAUAUUUGGGCUUAAUCGGUCGCCAAUCCUAGCUGCCAUCUAAGCGACGGUGUGAAACUAUCGUCAAAUACUGACUUUUAAAACUAUUCCAAGAGACACCCCGGCUAACAUAUUCUCAAAUGUAGUGGCACAUGGCUGCUAUUUUUGUAUUGCCUUACGAUUACUUCUGCAGUGUGCAGGAACAACUCUUUGAUGAAAUGUGCAUAAAAGCUAUUGAGAUUCCUGCCAUUUGAAAGAGCAGCAUAUGGGUGUUUGAGCCACUGAUGCACCUGUGAGGCUCAAACUUAAGUUUGUGGAUUCUUAACUAAUGUGGCUUGUUGGUUGGGUGUACAUUUGUUGUAUGAGUAGGGACAUACUGUAUCCAGGGCUGGCAUUUUCUAGCGACGCUUUUUUCAAUGCUAUUCCUAUUUGGGCUUCGUCAGUGGUCAGAACAAUGCUCUGCCCAUAUUAUCAGUGGUAUCAGCUGGCCAUGAACAGGGGAUGAUAAGUGCAGUAAUAAUUGCUAGAAAAUUGUGGCCUAUGCCUCUAAAGGUCAUCCCAUUAUAAACAUUUCAUACAGGACCAAUACUACAUCAAAAUCUGACAAGCUUAUUCGAUCAAAAAUGUAGGCAGUGUCGUGAAAUGUCGCCACAUCUGGGAUUCAAGGAAUGAGGCAAUUAGCAUUGGAAGGCACAUCAGAGCGACAGACUGAAAGUUGUUUCUUGUACAUAGAAGGGCAAUCUGUCUGUUAACUACUUAAAAGUGGUCACAACUAUGUGAAGUUUUGCAACUUCUACAGGCACAUUACAUUUUCCACAUGCUGUCACAUCUCACGAAGUACACCAGCUACAGUAGGUUGCCUCAAUUUAGAUAUGGAACACAACAUGAAAUGAAGAGGAUCAGUGCCCAUUCUCAAUAUUUCAUGUUGUAUAUCAUUUUUAGCAUGGAAAACAUGUCAAACACCUGAGCGUACUUUUUGUGUUCACUCGUAGGCUGUUUUAGGUGCUUGCUUUGAAUAUUUAGGUGACACAGGUAGAUAAAUAUUGCAGAUAUAUGACAUUAUAGUCAAGUGUAGCCCAUUACGGGUAUUGAUGGACAUUAUGGUUCUUGAAUAAAAAGCAACAGGUUCUUGUUGCUUUUUAUAGAAUUAAGCUUAAUGGCACACGAAAGAUAAAUGCUAAAUUAGCUUAUACUGGUGAGUUACUCAUUAAAAAAUCUGCUUGUCUUUUCUGCUGAAAUAAUAAAUGUAGCUGAGAAAUUGCAGCUCAAACUUAGCUUCUCGAAGUUUACACCAUUACUGGAGCAGCAGUGAUAUCAAUGUGAUGUUGCGCAUGUCACUGCAUUUUCACAUGUUUUGGCUCCUUCCAUGCCGAAGAAAACGAGUUUGAAUGGUACACAAUCAUUCUUUAUAUUUAACCAACAAGCACCUAGCAGGCAUUGUCAGAAUGUAGGACACUACAUGGAGCUGAUGGACAAAUUGCACGGUUGUGUUGUUACCCAUGUUUUGAUUUUGCGUCCUUUCCACCUUGCUCCCAGUAGGACUCGCCUGUUUGGUAUUCCAUGAGAACUUGUUCUUGGUCAAACUGGUAUUUCCUGAAAGACAUAUUUGCUGCUUGAAAGACAUAUACACAGUAAAAAACAGACAAGUGUGAAAAUUACUGCCCUUGUCGUUUAUGUUUUAUACUGUGUGGUAUUCCUCCCUCUAGCUGCAAAUAUGACCUUUUGUCUUUGAGAACUGUAAUCUACCAAUCCUGCUUUACUCCACAAAGCCCAGCCACCAUUCCUCAUCUAGAAAAAUUAGGACAAUUUGUUAACAUUUAUUCCUGGUCAUGGAAGGUGCAGCUCUACAAAAAAAAUAAUAAUAAUAAUGUGCGUAAACAUUAAUUAGUAAUUGGCUUCCUGAACUGUCACCUGCUCAAAACUCACUCCAGCUUAUCAAUAUCUUUCCUUAGCUCAUUCCUCAGUUUUGUAUCGCCAUCAUUGGCAUCGCUGUCCGCAGCACAUCGAUUGGGAGAAGUGCAUGCGAUGCCAUGUGUGCUUCCACCAAUGAGAGAGGAGAGUUUAAUCAUGCGACGCAGAGCUCGGGUCGCCACAACACCACCAGUUAGUGUUGCCACUCGCACAUCAGGGGUAGUAGAACUCACUAAUUGUACCCGUAGUAUUGUACAAUUUUUGCUGUGGUGCGGUCAAGCCUCGAGGGCCUUUCCCUUCGUGAGUUGGAGGCAGCAUGGAGUUGGCCACAGUGUGCGUGUAUCUUUUGACGGCAGUGCCGGUAGCGAUGGCUUGCUCAGUGAGCAAGCUAUCGGAAAGGAGUGUAAGCUUAAGCCAGCAUGCUGUAAUAUGUCAUUUAACCUGAAAUGUCAUUGAGGAAGCAGGACCUUCAGACCCUCAAGCAGUUUGGCAAGCUUACAAUCGGGGAGCGAGAAUGCCUAGCCCACACCAUAGCUAAUUUUUAAACAUUUGUGUUACACAAUCGUAACUGCCGUUUGAGUUCUGUUAACUUUUCCAUGCUGUAAUAAGAAUAUCGAGGUGUCAAGUUCAGCAUGCUAGAGAUGCAUUCGGCUCUGUGUGGGGUCAAAUUGAUAUUUCUGUUUAGUGCCCUUUGAGCUUGUAUAGGCCUAAUGCUAGUGGCCCAGUACCUCCAUGCUUGCAUGCUCUGUGACUGCAAUCACAUCAACAUUUACUGUAAUGCUCAAAAUCGCAUUCAGGUGUACAAGAAACAGUUUGGUGCAUCAGAGCUGACAGCAUGGGAUGCAGUAAACAUACCCAAAUGCGGUGGCAGCUAACCAGCUACUAACCUGAUUUACUGGUGCAUUAAGGUUUAACUUGUUUCGAUGUCACAUUAGGCUGGAUCUUUGUUUUGCCAUUUCUGGCAUCAGUUUCAUUCUAUGCAUUGAAUUUCUACCAUACUAGGGGCCACACUGCCGAGAAGACCACCGAGUGAUUGCCACGCUGAGUCAUGAGCUGACAUACACAUUUCUCUCAAUCUCACAUUGCACGGAAACCUAGAAUGAUCAUCCCUAGGGAUGUUGCGAGUUUAUGUAGCUGUUUAUUGCAUUCUCACAUAUUCCUGUCAUGUUUAGUGUAGUGUGUAGAUGUGUUUGUGCAUAGAUCGAAGCUCAUGUCAUUUGACAUUCUCGGGCCUGCAUUUUACAGUAAUCUUUUAUUACGAUGCCUGCUCAGCUAUAUUGCAAUCAUUGCCAUGUUUUGGCUCAAUGGGAACACUUCCGAGCUUGAAGAGGCCUAGACAGCGUAGCAUAUUGCAUGACAGUCUGUGUAUAAGCAGAAAGAUGCCAAGUUAAGCUAUAGGUGAGGAGGGAGAAUAGAGUAUGAGGACGUUUAGGAUACUUAAGCAACAUUACUAUUCUAGCAAGCAUCUUCAGGAAUGAGAGCUAGGAGGUUUUUUAUAAAAGUUGGUUAACACAACUCGGCAUAAUUUAGGUAAAUGUAGUCUGAAGUCUGGUCAUUAAUGGUCUGUUUGAAUUCGGUUGCUCUGUGCACAUAAAUGCCUAUCUAAGAAACAGCAUUCUAAGCAGUGUGGGUGCCAUGUUGCCCCAAUACUAUAGUUCACAGACAAAAUGGAAGGCUGUGUGGAAGUUUGUGCUUUUCUGCAUUUUCCAUCAGUGCUGUAUGACUGCUUGAAAAUAACAGGCUAUUUAAAAGCAGGUGCUCCUUACAUCUUGGUUUCUUAUCGUUCCCACAUUGAUGAAUUGUCCCAAUGAUUCAAUCUUGACGCUGUUGCACAAUUCAGAGUGUAAUUUUGUCGCGCAGUAGUCAACAUUGUACCUGUAUCUGUUUGCCUCCUCUGACAUGCAUGACAGAAGGUGAUGUAGGAUAAAAAUUGCUCCUUGGAGGGUGUAAUCUUGUUGACACUCCAUUAGGUGUAAAUGCUAUACGUGUAAGGUCGCAACAUUUUCAUGAAUGCUUAUCAUUGUGAGAUAAAAAUUGUUGCCCACAGUGUAAUCAUGUUCACAUCCCAAAAGGUUCAAAUGCUACACGUAUACGAAUUCACUGUUUUUAUCGAAGCUUGUGAAGAUUUUGGAAAUACUGCAUCCCAGUGUUGUGCUGACCAUGGCCAAGGUGGCUUUUGUUGUGUUUCACUGUGCACCAAGAUUUAACAGUGCCUCUCUCUUGUAUUGUUAGGAGACACUGCAAUGAGAUUCCCAUCACAACCUUUGUGAUAAACAGGGUUCUUGCCAAGGAGAUACCUGAAAACCCUACUGGUAUGCAUUCAUAGCAUUUUUUCAAAUGUUCAGAUGUCCAGAUGUUCACACUGGGUUACAAGUUAUGGGACUGCAUGCUGUAGUAUCUGGUGGUACAGCUUCUGUGGGACGCCUUUUCUUGGUUAAAAUUUGCAUGUGGAACUAGAUGCCAUUUGCAGUUGCUUGUGUGGGCUGGUUAUUGAUGCAUUAGUUUACUAUAAUUUUAUAAUUGUUUGAUCCAGGCAGUUUUAAUUGGUAUUCUCUAUUUAGUAGCAUAUCUCCUAUUGCAAGUCAUGAAGCCUGUCAGUUUUGCGCCAUGAUGUUAUGUUCCAAGUCCCACAUUCCUGAACAUAUAAGCUUGCAUUGGAAGUGGGUACUUGAGUUACUUUUUUGUCAGGGCCGAUCUUAUGGAAUAUAGUGGAGACUGCUGUAUUUCAUCUAUAUUUAAAGCUGUCCAUGCAAUUGCUACCUAAUCAGCCUGUGAGUUGUGAUAUCUUUUACCUGUGCUUGUUAAUAUAUGCAGUGUUCACCUAUUUUGCUGCUAAAAGAGAAUUAUAGCAUUGUCCUGAUGCUGUACAACGUGUGUUUGACAGCAAUAUACCAUGACCAAACGUGCAUCAGAAUUCUGGUGCCUAUUCUCUUGUUGACACUCUGUAAUUGUAUGUGUUGUUAUUGUUAUAAUGUAUUUACCUCCUUCAUGGUUAUCGUGCACUCAUGGCUCCAUUCUUGGGUAACAGUCAUUUUGUUUUAUUUAUUUAAAAACUUGCUAUGAAAAAAAAAGAAAAACAAGAUGAAAGCAUGCAGAUUUAUAAAACGUAUAGCAGCUGUUUAUAAGGUUACACCUGCACAUUCUGUUUUUGAAGUUCAUUGCACUGAUAAGGUGAUGUAUUACCAGUGUGACUUCCAUAUUUUUACAUCGACAAUUGGCUUUCUUUUUCUGGUGGAUAUUGGUGGUUUCUUUCUACAUGUGCAGGUUUAAGAAAUAGCCUUUUGUUAGUCAAAUAACAAAGUUUACAACUAGAAACAACAGUCGGCCUCUGAGGCGAGGCACACUUUUAUCGCUGCUGUAAAACACAAUAAAGACGUAUCAACA